AUGUUGUUUGCUAAGUUCUCCAGUUUAUUUAUUGCGUGCAUAUUCUUAUUUUGUGAGAUUCAUGCUUCUAGUCAUUGGAUGGUUACCGAAAGUGGUUUAAUACAGCCGAGGCUUGAUUCGCCAUACGAUAUGGCUCGUCCAUACGACCUUUUAGCAUUUUUAAAUCAAGAAAAAAGGUGGGAUAGUAUUUUUGACCUUUUUAAUGAUCUCGAAAGAAGACAAAUUGAGAUAGAUAAGCUUUGGUCUGAUGUUGGAAGAUACACAGAUGUUGGAAGACAAAUAGCGCAGGAUGACGAUUGUUUAAAAGCCGGUAAUGUAAACAUAAUCGAUUGGUACGCAGCUCUCCUAGAAGAUGGUUCAAAUAAAAUAAACCCUAAUGAGUUUUUACUUCCAAAUCCAUAUUAUGGUCCAAACAAUGAUAUUCCCGACUGCAAGAAAAUAUCUUCAUUGACUUUUAGUAUGUUUACUUUUGAGCAUUUGGCAAGUAUGAGACAGAGAGGAAAUUUAACGGCCAACCCUGAAUUUGUAUUACCUGAACUCAUAUCACCUAUCAUGACAAUCGAUCAGUAUGGACACUGGUUGACGGGAGUACUUCGACGCAAUAGUUCGUCCUGGUUACAUUAUCACAUGGCAUCCUUAUACUGGAGAGUCAGGGGCAGUGCUCCAAAGGCUAUAGAAUGUUCUCGUAGAGCUCUACAUUACGCACCAAGAGUGUUCAAAGAUGUAGCUCUUGGAAGUCUCGGGAUGGUUCUACAUAGAAGCGGAAAAACUGAUGACGCUAUAAUUGUACUUAAUGCUGCAGUAGAACAUGAUCCAAAGAAUUAUGUUAGUCAUUUUUCUAUUGCUAAUGCUUAUACUGUGAUUGGAGAAUUUAACACCUCUCUUAAGUUUUAUGAUCUGACUUUAAAAUUAAAUCCGAGGAUGGAGUUGGCGAUGAGGCAUAAAUAUGGUGUGUUAUGUCACACAAAAUUAGCUGUUAGGAUAAAAGAAAUUAGAGAAACUCUAAACAAACUACGUGCAGAGUUAAAUGAUUACAAUCAGAAAGAGGCUGUUUGGCCUAAAAUACAGGCCGAAUUUUUGAGGACCUUAAAAAAUGGAGAAGAAUUUGAUUAUAGAAACAUAGAGAAGAACACUGAGAAAAUGUCAUCAAUUACGGGUUUGGACAUAAAAAAAUUAAAAGCUCAAAUAGAGAAAAAUUCUUUGGUUAAGUACUUCAUUGAUGGCCCAAUGUACAGUGAUGAAAAGUUAGGAAAACAAGGCAUUGACGCGAUCGACACAAUUUAUAGCCUUGAGAGACUUAUAGAACACAUAAAUAAAAAUGGUCACAAUGCUGCUGAAACUUCUUUCCAGACUGAAAAACCCAUUGACUUAAAUAAUGUGGAUUUUAAACUUUCACCUUCUAUUCCAGAAAAUCCUUUUCGUAACGAGGCUAAACCUACAACGCAUUCAACAAAUGAAAAAAAGCCCACAAAAAGUUCAGGCGAACUCACAUCUGAAUAUGAAACGGGUAUCUUUAUGUAUGCAUCAAUGACAAUCAAUAGAAAUGUAGAAGACUUUGAUAAAGAAGUUGAGUGGCCAUCGGAUGAAUUGUGCAAAGUUGUACCAAAGAUGCCUCGAAAUUUAGACUCUAUUAUUCCGGUUUUCCUACCUUUUGAAAAUAAAGGUAUAAGGAUGCGGUCGCUGCUGACGGAGAAGCUGGGCGUGCCGCUGGGCGAGGAGCACGAGCUGCCGUGGCACCCGCCCGUGUGCGCCGCCGACCGCGUGGCCGCGCACUACGCCAACAAGCGCAACAGGCUCGGCAAUCCAGAUGUAGUGGAUACAGGAUACUUAAGGACAAAACUCCUCGAAUAUGUCAGUGAUGGCAACGUUGAAGCGGCCAAACAUAUGCAAGAUGCCGAAAUUGGUCAGCGAAUUUACGCUGCCAUGAAAAAGAAACUGGCUCCUAAAUGGAUGUUACUUACAUUAUCUUCUCUGUAUUGGAGAGUUCGUCAAAAUAAUGUAAAUGCCCUACACUGUCUCCACACCGCUCUGCGGUGGGUGCAAGAAGAGUACAAAGACUUAGUUCUAGUGUCACUGAGUUCAGUCUACCUUGAGAUGGGCUACUUUGAUGAAGCUUUAGCGACUGCAGAUGCGGCUUUUCGACUUAGUUUAUAUGAGCCGGCAACAAACUUCCUCCUAGCCCAGAUAAACAUAGCGAAGAAGAACCACAACACGCACAUGUUUCACUUGAAGCAGACAUUGCGAGUGGAGGCGGGCUUCAUGGGUGGGCUUGCAAGGAACUUACUCACUAACUGGGCCUGUCUCAUGAAACAACUUAGUCACUUGAAGGAAAUGGAUUUGGAAGAGGGAGAUAUUUGUACACAUGUGAAACCAAUGGUUAACGUGGUUUGUGAGAAGGAUAGUGAAAAUUGUCAAAUGACUAAUAUACAGUGCUUCAGUAGUCAUGACAGAGCCGACACAAGCAAAUUAGUUGUUUUACUCCGGGAGAAAGACAAACAUCACACAUUUGAUAACUUGGAUGAGACAUUUUUCGAUAGUUUUAUAAGGAAUGGACCAACGGACAGCGCGGACAGACUGGCUCACCACGCUCACUACGAUAACAUGGUCAAGACUAUUGAGAGUAUAUUGAAUGGAUGUGGCUCGGGAGGGUGUCGGAUGCUAAAACCAGAAGAUAUGUUGAUGAAAGAAGAGGAUUGCGCGUAUCAUCAGUUCCAAUUGGGCUACUGGCUCCACAUCGUCAGUUUUAGACAACUACAUACUGAUUCCAACGUCGAGCUUCCAGCAGAAAUAGCACUAAUGGCGCCGUCAAACAAAAAGGUGCCCGAUUGUAGGAUCAUCGGUGAUCCCAUGGAGGACUUUGCAAGCGAGAAACUGAGUCGCGUGAGUUCGGAUGGUUGGGAACCAGUCCUCAGCCUAAUGCAUCAGUUUGCAGAUAUGUUCGACUCUUUCGACUACGUCACCCUAGGGGCGAAGAUCGCCAAAUAUGUGGAAUCGCGGCCGAGCUCGUGGAGGGGCAUGCUGGGCGCGGGCUGGUGGUGCGGAGCGGGCGGGCGCGGCGCGUGCGCGCUGCGCUGCCUGGCCGCCGCGCACGCGCUCGCGCCGCGCGCCUACCGCCACUACGCGCUGCGGGCGCUCGUCGCGCUGCUGCACAUGCAGUCGAAACAGUUGGAUGCUAAAGAAGUAGCUUAUCUUUCCUUCUACAUGUCACCAAAGAGUAAAAUAGAAACGUUCCUAGUUGCCGUCUCACAUUCCUAUCUCGGGGAGUACGAACCAGCUGUUUGGAUGUACCGUUACGCACUUGCUAUCGAUGAAAAGUUCAUACCAGCAAAAGCAUGCCUCCACGCGACCAUGUGUCAUAUGUUCUACGGAGACAAACAGGGAAAAACCAAGGAAGAGUAAACUUUAAUGAAAGAAUAACAAGCUAUUGUAAUCGAAUAAAUUAUUUAGAAAUAUACCUAAGAAUUGUUGUGAUUUUUUCGAUUAAAUGUCAUGUAUCUUACUUAUCUUAUACGUUUGAAAAAAUCCGGGAAGAAAAAUGUAUACGUGAAGUCUUUCUAAACAAAUUCUUCUACAUUAAGAUAUUACUCAGUAUACUAAUGUAAAUGUAAUCUCAAACUUUGUACCAUUUUGUAACUUAAUAAUAUCCAAUAAUAUUUCACGUUUUUCAUAGACUUAGUGAAAUAAAAAUUCCAUUUGUCAGUUAAUAAAUAAUGGGUAUUUUAGAGUUAAGCACUUUUGGAUCAGAUUUAAUUGAUGUUAGCUUAAUGUGUUUUUAGAGUUUGAUUAAAUCCGCCUUAAACAAUUUAAGUUAUCAUUCCGGUAAAGAUAACUAUAUUAUUUGUUUCAGUUAUAAUUUUUUUUUAGUUAUGUGGCUAUGUAUUGUUAGUAAAGAUACAACUUACUAUUGUUACUGUUAUUUUUUAUUUUUAUUGUAAAAAGUACUACGUUUCGUUUUGAAAAAUGCUGGAUAAAAGAACAAUAUUUCGGACAAUUUGUCCUACUUAAAUUGUGGACGGUUUCGUCCCACAUGUAAUAUAUUAUUGCCGAUUGAAUCUUUUUUUGGUGUCGAUAAUGUCGGUAUCAAGAACAGUUACAUAAGCAUUGAGAGUUAUCUGGAUAAUAUGAUACACUAUAAGUUCCUAUGUGGUUUUGCUUAUGAAUGUCUAUUGCUAGAAACGAAGCAUUUUGUUAUUAUUUCACAAGCCUAAUGCGUCUCAGUGUUGACUGUAUUACUAAAAAAAAAAAAAUUCUACAAUCAAGUUAGGGUUUAAAAGGAAAGUGGUCAUAUUUUGCUGAUUUCUAUUUAUUAUUUUUACGUUUUUACAUUAUAUACUUACGAUUAAUCACAAAAUCAAUUAUAAUUUGUGCUUGUAGUACAAUGUACAAAGACUGACCAUGAUAAGAUGAUUUAUUUUAAUUUAUCAAAAUAUACGGACGAUUUUGAAUGUUA